GCAGUCGGAAGUCAGAAGCCCUGCAGUGACAUAGAGAUUGACCCCUCUCAAGACCCCCUGCCCCUCUCUGCCACAAACCCCACUCCCAGAAGUCACUCCUUCCCUGUGGACUUGCACCUUCCAGCCCGAUGUCUGGCGGCAAGUUAUGGUGGAGUCACUGGGGUCACAGAGGUGGGGCCAGUAUAGGGAGCAGCUGGAAGACCAGGCCUCCUCUUUCAGGCCCAGCAGUACCCCAGCCUCCCUGGUGUCUGUUAAAGAAUUGGAGAACCCAAAGUUCAUCGGUGCAGGCAGGUUCGGGGUGGUGUUCCGGGCGCGACACAGGACGUGGGGUUUAGAUGUGGCUGUCAAGAUCUUGAAGGGGAAGGCGAUAUCCAGGGAGGUGAAAGCCAUGGCAAGUCUGCGUAACCAGCACAUACUGCUCCUGCUGGGGGUCACCCAGGAGCUCCAGUGGGAAUCCGCCUGUGGGCCAGCUCUGGUGACUCAGUUCAUGGAAAAUGGUUCCGUGGCAGGGCUGCUGCAGCCCCACUGUCCUCGGCCCUGGCCUUUCCUCUGCCGCCUGCUGCAGGAGUUGGUCCUGGGGAUGUGUUAUCUGCACAGCCAGAACCCCGUGCUCCUACACCGGGACCUCAAGCCCUCCAACGUCCUGCUGGACUCAGACCUGCACGCCAAGCUGGCAGAUUUUGGCCUGUCCACAUUUCAGAGAGGCUCAAGGUCAGGGGCUGACUCCCCAGAGCCAGCCUACUUGGCCCCUGAACUGUUGUCUGAUGUAAACCGAAAGGCCUCCAUGGCUAGUGAUGUCUACAGCUUCGGGAUCCUAAUGUGGGCAGUGCUAGCUGGAAGAGAAGCUGAAACAGUGUCUGGGACAUCACUUGAGCAGGAAGCAGGGUGUGAGAGGCAGAUUCGGCCCCCACUGACCAAGCUACCCCAACCCAGCACUGAGACUCCUGGCUUGGCAGGACUGAAGGAGUUAAUGCAACACUGUUGGAGCCAGGAGCCCAAGGACAGGCCCUCCUUCCAAGAAUGCCGACCAAACACUGAGGAAGCCUUCAACCUGGUAAACAAGGAGAUAGAUGCCGCAGUCUCCACAGUGAAGAAGUUCCUGCAUGAAAACCAGGGCAGCAACGGGAUGUCAUCUUCGCCUAAGCCAGGCUCAGAAGGGACAGAAAUGGAAGGCCCUAGGGGAACCACAGGAAGCCAUGACAUCAUAGCCACGGAGAUGCUAAACAAACUAAAUCUGAAGGAGUUCCCCAGCUCUGUUCCUAAAAAAUGUACAAACCUUCCCAAGGGGAUCAGGACACAGGGAGACAAGGUUCAGCCUGCCCAGAUAGCAGGGGUGCCUUUCGAUUCAACAGCCCCAUCUCCCCAGACCUCACCUUUAAGAAAUUGGGUACCCAGCGCCAAGUUGGCUUGGACCCCAGGUCCUGGACCUGCAGGGAAUCAGGGGGCUGAGAGACAUAGCACCAACUGGUCUCCCAGGGCACCACGGCCCAAUCCAAUACCAGGUAACCCUGUUACCAUACAUGACAGCCACGCGGUGCAGGUGGGAGACAACAACUACUUGGUUAUACAAGAAGGAACUGCUUUGCCAACGCAAGGCCUGGCGCCCUGGGGCAUGGGUCGAGGCUGGCUGCAUGCCCCACACAAGUAGGUUGGAAAGGAGAGCCACAAGAACCAAGAAGCCUGGUGCAGGCUGGUGGCAGGGCCAGUCUGAUGCAACUUCUGAGCUACCUCUUGGAUGUGAGGUAAUUAGCUGAGACUUUCUUUGAAGGCCAACUGAUUUGUGCACAUGGAAGUCAAUAAACAUGAUGGAUUUUUU